UUUUCUCAGGCUCUGAGCAAUCCCGUGGGGCUGGCUGGAGCACACCAGGCUCCAUCCCGCUCCUGUGCCCGUGUGCCAAGGAGUUUUUAGGAGCUGCUGGAGCUGCAGAGCCGUGUUUGGGGCCAGUCCCAAAAGCAGGUGCACAUCCCAGAACUUGCAUCCCUGAGGAGUGAGCUGGCUGUGCAGGAAGGCUGCUCUUCCUCCAAGGAUGUCAUUGGUCAAGUUUUGCCAGAUGCAACGACCACAGCGUUUGAGUAUGAGGAUGAGGACGGGGAUCGGAUCACGGUCAGGAGUGAUGAGGAGAUGAAGGCCAUGCUGUCCUACUAUUACUCCACGGUGAUGGAGCAGCAGGUGAAUGGACAGCUGAUAGAGCCUCUCCAGAUCUACCCACGAGCCUGCAAACCUCCUGGGAAACGGAACAUACAUGGCCUCAAGGUGAACACGCGCGCGGGGGCCGCCAACAGCGGCGGCUCGGCCGCCUCCGAGGGCCUCCCCAGCAAUAGCUUGAAGAAGUCCUCGGCGGAGCUGAAGAAGAUCCUUGCCAAUGGCCAGAUGAAUGAACAAGACAUUCGAUACCGAGACAUCCUCGGCCACGGCAACGGAGGCACCGUCUACAAGGCUUACCAUGUCCGUAGUGGAAAAAUCCUGGCAGUGAAGGUCAUACCCUUGGAUAUAACACUGGAACUCCAGAAGCAGAUCAUGUCAGAGUUAGAAAUCCUUUACAAGUGUGACUCCUCGUAUAUCAUAGGAUUUUAUGGUGCUUUUUUUGUAGAAAACAGGAUUUCAUUGUGUACAGAGUUCAUGGAUGGGGGUUCUCUGGAUGUUUAUAGGAAAAUUCCAGAACACGUCCUCGGAAGGAUAGCGGUGGCUGUUGUGAAAGGCCUGACCUAUUUAUGGAGUCUGAAGAUUUUACACAGAGAUGUGAAGCCAUCCAAUAUGCUGGUGAACACCCGGGGCCAGGUGAAGCUCUGUGACUUUGGGGUCAGCACCCAGCUGGUGAAUUCCAUAGCCAAGACGUAUGUUGGAACAAAUGCUUACAUGGCGCCUGAGAGGAUUUCAGGGGAGCAGUACGGGAUUCACUCGGAUGUGUGGAGCCUGGGCAUUUCCUUCAUGGAGCUUGCUCUUGGGAGGUUUCCAUAUCCUCAGAUUCAGAAAAACCAGGGAUCUUUAAUGCCUCUCCAGUUAUUGCAGUGCAUUGUUGAUGAGGAAUCGCCGGUGCUUCCAGGCGGGGAGUUCUCGGAGCCAUUUGUGCACUUCAUCACUCAAUGCAUGAAGAAGCAGCCAAAGGAAAGGCCAGCACCUGAAGAUUUAAUGGGCCACCCCUUCGUGGUGCAGUACAACGACGGCAACGCCGAGGUCGUGUCCAUGUGGGUGUGCAGGAUGCUGGAGGAGCGGCGAGCCCAGGGAGCGCAGUGAGCUCUGCAGCACCCCGAGAGCUCCUCCCGCGCCGGGACCGCCGCCUUUGGACUUUGAGCCACAGCCUGUUUUACUCCGUCGACAAAACUCAGAGUAUUUUUCCUCACCGCCACGUUAAGGGAUUUUCUUACUUGUUUUCUUCUGUUGCUGAGCGAUUUCCAGGUUCUCUUCGGUUAGACUGCGCGCAGCCUUAAAGCGAGUCUUUUAUAUCUCUGU